AGCGCCCCUGUGCUGACCUUUCCCAAGUCCUCCUGCCGCCGCAGCGCCGCGGAGGAAGAAAGUAGAAACUGCUUCCCCCUCCUCUUCCCCUCUUCUCGCGGGAAUCUCCCCGUCUCCGCCGCGAAACCAUGGAAGCUGCCGCCGGCGCCGGCGCCGGAUUGGCGGAGGCAGCGAACGGCGGGAUCGAGAGCUCGGCCGCCGACCCCUCCACCUCCGGCACCGCCUCGCGGCUCUCCGUCCACCGGAUCGCCGGCGGCGGGAAAGCUGCUGAUAUCAUCUUAUGGAAGCGUGGACGUGUUACAAUUGGUGUUAUAUUUGGCGCUACAAUGGCAUGGUGGCUGUUUGAGAAAUCUGGACUGUCCUUCUUGACAGUUUGCUCUGAUGUACUGCUCAUUUUGAUUGUUGUGCAGUUCAUACGGAUUAAAGUAGCUGGAUUGCUAAAUAAGCAACCUAGGCCACUACCUGAGUUAGUUUUAUCAGAGGAAAUGGUUAGCAAUGCUGCAGCUUCAUUCCGUGUUAAAGUCAACAACAUGCUGAUGAUCGCACAUGACAUUACUCUUGGCAAGGACUUUCGACUCUUUUUCCAGGUUGUGUUGCUCCUAUGGCUGUUAUCUGUUAUUGGAAAUUUCUGCUCGUCUAUUACUCUUGCUUACUUUGGAACCAUUGCUUUGGUCACAAUACCUGCAUUAUACAGUAAGAACCAGGAGCAAGUUGAUAGGUAUGCUGGGAUGGUCCACAGGAACAUAUCAAGGCAUUACAAGAUUGUCGACGAAAAUGUGAUGAGCAGGCUACCAAGAAGCUUUAUCAGAGAUAAAGAGGAUUGAUUUGUUUAGAAGCUGUGAUAGUAGUCAUGCCACUAUAUCCACACCCAAGUGUGUGUGUUUUCUACACUUGUAUUUUUAUGCCGUAGAUUGUGCAAAUUAGGAAUUUAGGGCAAAAGCUGGAGUAUGCUGUAGAUGCCACUGCAAUGUGCUACUAUUCUAACUCUUGAGCAAUAAGGUUCGAAACAAAAAAAAAAUAUUUUGCUUGUCCUAGUGCUUUUUGUCCAUUUCUUCAACAAACUGGAUACAAAAUUGUCCAAAGGUACCCAGUGUUCGUCAUGAAAUGAAAUGAAAAGUUUGAUGUCAAUUGCCAUA